AUGAGGCUUUACAAAUCACUACUAUCGACAACUGCAUCCACCCACACAAAAAAGUAGUUCCUGUAUGAGCACUAUAAAAAAGAACCUGAUCCUCCUGUCAAACCCUCUUCAACAGAAGUGACGACAUGAACAUCAUCAGCAUGCUCUUUGUACCGGUGCUGGUCCUGCUCUCUGCCGUCCUCCGCAGUGCCACGGCGGGAAGACCCGUUCCCACCUUUGAGUACCGGAACCCGGUGACAGGAGUAACCCUCACUUGUGACAAAUGUCCACCAGGGACGCACAUGUCCGCGUACUGCACCGCCACCACGCCCACCCAGUGCGCGCCGUGCAGAAGUGACCACUUCACGGAGCUGUGGAACUACCUGCCCAGGUGUCUGUACUGCAACAACUUCUGCACUGACAGCCAGGAAGUGGAAACGGAAUGCUCACCGAGAAACAACCGGGUCUGUCGGUGCAAAGAAGGCUUCUACUGGGCCAGUGACUUCUGUGUUAGACACUCGGGGUGCGAGCCGGGGCGCGGAGUUCAGACGAAAGGCACGUCGCAGACGAACACUGUUUGUGAACCGUGUUCUGAUGGGUACUUUUCCAACUCAUCAUCUGCGGUGGAAAAGUGCGAAAAACACCAGGAAUGCGCAAUUGGACAGAUUGUGCUCCUCCCCGGCACAGUCUACCAGGACACAGUGUGUGGCACCUGCGAGGACCUUGCAAAUGGAGGUGAGGCGUUCAGGACAUUCCUCUCAAAAUUCUUCAGUAUGCACAGGAUGCGUGUGGUAAAAAUGAAGAAAUUUGUCACCAGGUACAUUAAUAGGCCAGUUCCCAGCCAGAGAGAUCAACUCCUGAAUCUAAUCAGAGCAUGGCUGGCUGAGGCCCCAAAGGAGCAGCUGAGACAACUGCCAGAAAUGCUGAAGGCUUCACAGCUCAACUCCAUGGGAGAAAAACUAGAGAACAGAGUUCAGGAGAUUAAACAGCAGAGCCCAGGAUGUAACUUAAUUCUGUGAGGUACUCUUAUAGACUGACAGUGUCCAUGAUACAUGUAGGAGUUUAACAUACCUUAACAUUUAACAUAUCAAUUUAACAUACCUCUUUCUCUGGGUACAGCAGAUUUUUAUUUAAUUUUUUUUACAUUUUUAAUUUGAAAAAAAUCAUCAUGUUUUUUGUGUGCUAGUUUAUUGAGUGCAUGUAUUGCCUCAAAGGUUGUCAAAGUAAUAUUUUAUUGAAAUCAUUUUAUUUUUUGAUAUUGCUUAAUAACUGUGAGGUGAUAGCCUACAUAAGAGACACAUGAGUAACAUGAUGAUGGACUGUUUCCCAAGAUGGAAUAAGUCAAACCACUUAAACAUACAGAUGAAUUUCAGUACUACAGCAAGGCUGUAACCAACAAAAUGUAAAAAAAAAAAAAAAAAAAAAAUACUCAUAAACUGACAACCUGUGUUUGCUUCAGUGUCAUUUGUUCUUCAUGGACUCAAAUCUCAGUCAGAUUUACAAGGGGAGAAAAUGGGAGUAAAAAUUUGACAGAAACUUAACAAGCAAAUGUGAAUAUGCAAAUAUCUUGAACAUUUCAUUAUUCCAUCACUCAAGUGUUACAUAAAAGGCAGUACAUAGAAAUUAUGUUUUAAUAUGAAAUCAGCUAUGACUAAAUGAAUGUUAAUAUAGAAAUGUACAAUGUUCUCUAAAACUGUCUGAAAUCAAGAUGAAGACUAUUUUAAAUAAAGUGCAUGUUGUAAUCUGAAAUUGUUCUAAUCAUCAAAUGCAAGGAAACCAAGGUGGCAGCCUGCAGUUUAAUCAAGCCUGGCUGUAAUAUAACCAAAAUACCACAAGGUGUCGCCAUCGUCCCUCUUUAACUCUUUAGUUAUUGUAUGCGAGACCGUGAACUGUGUUAUUGAAUUAAAUUGUAUCCAUUUAUAUGUUCACACAUUUUCUACAAUUUACAUUCAGAAACAUUUGCUUAUCUUUAAAAUAGCCAGUUGCAUGGAUCAAACAAGUGACUGCAACCUGUGUCUUACUGAUUGGUGAUCUGUUUUUUUUUUAUUUUAUUUAUUGGUUUUGCCUGCACAGACUACAUGUAUCUCUAAUUUAUAGUGAUAGACUUAAUCUUGUGAUAUUCAGUGUGUUUGUGAGAGAGAAUUUUUGUCACAAUGCAUACAUAUACUGUAUACAUUCCCAUUAUUUCUACAGGUACCACCUGGUAUUUCAGCUGUUUUUGCUUUGUUUUAAGUUUUUUUGUUUUGUUUUGUUGUUGUUGUUUGUUUGUUUGUUUUUUAAAUUAUAAGCACAGACCUCUGUGGAGCACAACUUCUAUCAAUAAAACUCCCAUGAUAUUCCCUCAAUAA